CAAGUGGUUGGUUUAUGCACAGUAACUGUGGCUGAUGUUAAUGCAUUUAUCGUUUAAAUUCUGACACAUUUCAACAACAAACUAUACUGCGCAAGUGGCUAUAUCGCACAGCAAAUCAAGUGUGGCAGCGAGACAUAGAACUACAUAGGGAAUCCACCGAAAAUCAGAUUAUUCGGAAAUAGACUUCACUGGAUCUUUGGAAACAGAAAAUAAUUACAUCGCUCUUUAUAGAACUCCUGUGUCGAGAUCCCAACAAGUAUGAAAGGGUCGAUGCUCAUUCCAAUUCUAAUAUUUUGCUUGAAAGAAAUCGUCGUCGCAGCCACAGUAGGCACAAAGUUUUCCCAAAACUCAGAAAUAAAAAAUAUCGGAUUGGGAGAUUCAACAAAUUCGAGCUAUACUUCGAAUGCCUGUCAUUUUUACUGGUCGCUCGAGGAUGUUGCAAGAUUGAUGCGUGAUAGCAAAACGAAUGUGAUAAACCUGAAUGUUUGGAUUGAGCUGCCAGACAAUGAUACCUCGAAUAAGAAUCGGAGUCUAUUGGAUAAUUUUCAAUGGGCAAACAAAGUCGGCCGUACAUUAUACUCGAUGAUGCUUCAACCAGUUGCCUCUCAAUCACUAAUGCUUCAACCAGUUGCCUCUCAAUCAUUAAUUUUAUCAUUGUCAGCAGUUACGUUGUCUGCGGGUCUUAGAAAUGUCGACGUUCUGAUCUACGCAGAAAACGCAAGUUGUAUGCAGUUGUUCAGAAACGAUACAUCGAUCGGACUUUCUGUUUCUCUUUUCCUCCUGCGACAGAUGUAUCUGUUCAAUGAAGACGACCAGGACUAUCAGCUAUGCGUCUCUCUUGAACUGAAAUUAUCAUGUUGCACAAUGGAAAUAACAGAAUCAAUAAAAGCUAGAAGUAAACACGGUCCAGUAUGCUCCUACUACUCGUCAAUCGUAACAGAUGAUUUUCCGAUAAUUUUGCUUACAAUAACGUCAAUAUUAAUUUUCAUUGCUUUCCCAUUGAUUCUGGACUAUUCCAAUCGAUUUAAGAAUGACGGUGAAUGUUAUAUGAUAACAGAUAGUCCCAUGGCGUUAUCAUUCUUACUGCAUAUGUUAUUCAUCGAGGGGCGUGGCCCAAUAAAGACCUCUGUACGGAGAUUAUUGAUCGUAUCAUUUGUUGUAGCGACUAUUUUACCUGUGCGAGAUCUGGUUAUGUCUUUUUCCACUAUCUUUUUUUAUGUCCUGAUAUGUCCAUGGGCACCAAUAUUUCUAUUUUCCGACGAACACGAGCUUAACGAAGGUCAAGCUGAUUCAUGUGUACAGUCCCUUUGUUAUAAUUAUAAAAACCUAAUUCAACUAAUCUCUCUGCCAUUUAACUUAAACUUUUGGUGGGACAAGCUUGAGGCGAAGAAACUUCAAGAAACUUUCAAGUCCUAUUGUUAUUGCUGGGAUCAACAGAAUACAACAAAACCCCAACCAAAUGUUAGUGUUCAAAUCAGUACUCCAUUGACAUCCAAAGGCUAUGGAUCUAUUCCAUCAGUUUCUCAACGAUCAGAAAGCAACAAUGAAAUAUGGCAGUUCAUCAAAGUGUCGUUGGGGUCUCGAGUAGCGUUCAAGUAAUCGGGUCAAUCGCUGCCGCUAGCUUACCGAUUAUUUUCAACCUCGUUUGGAAGCAGCAGAGCGAUGGACAAAAGUGGGCCGAUGAAAUUGCCAUGAAGUCGAAAGUUAGGCGCGUUUUGGUUGUUUGCCAUCGUUCAAAUGAUCAUGAAGAAAUUAAAGUGAAAUUUAAGCCCGAAAAUCAGGGGAUUGGGGGGGCAAAUUCACUCAAUGAUUCAGUCUGAUUGGAAUGUCCCAUAUUAAGGGUCAGCCCCUAGCCAUCGUCUAUCCUUACAAUCCCAACUACUGCUUUUAUGUCCUAUAUAAGGAAUAGCCAAAUUUACUAUACUGUUCUUAUAACCAAGUAAAUGGUAGAGGGUAGAAAACUAUCAUUAACUAAGAUAUUUACUUUACUUACAUAUAUAAUUUAUCCGCUUAGCCCAUUUUCUAGAUCUGUAUAUUCUAGAAAUAUGCUAUACUGUGGUUGUAUGUAUAUCGAACAUACUAAUUGAGUAAUAAUAAUCUUCAAAGCUUAAAGAGAUCUCAUUGCUUGUUUGUACAUUAUGAUUAUUUUGUUUUGUUAGUAUUAAAACCCGGGGUUUGUACAGUAAUGUGAGGCAUAGCUAAUAAAAUAUUUCAUUUUUGACAAUGGAUUGUAGCCUU